ACCGCCGUUCAGUACACAUGGUCAGGCCAUCAAACUGUGGGAAGCCGUGUUGCAAAUAUUCCCUCUUUGUAACCGUUGCAUGGUUUUUAGACACCGCGCGCUCCGCAUCUAAAUGAGACUAUUAAGAUCGCAUCUAACGCAGUACUCGUGUGUAGGGAUAUCAAGUUAAUUGAAUUAUACACGUCUAGAAUGUUUAUAUUCACUGGUCGAACUUGUUAACCUUGCUAAUGCCGUACUUAGCAAAGAAUAACAAUGUUUAGAGGUAGAUUAAUAUACGGCUAACUGUCACCACCGAAGAUAGGCCAGCGCUUUGGUUAUCGCUUAAUAAAUCGAKUCGGGUCUUGGGGUUUUCUCAAGGCAGUUCAUCAGYGAUAUCAUUGAGUCCSUUGUCUUCGUGCUAGUACUUUAAGCUCGAGGCUAAAAGAUUUCUCUUUGAAAAUGCCGAAUUGAAAAGACAGGCAUUGACCACCGACAGCCCUUCUUUCAACUGUCACAUAUGACAUUAACAAUGAAACUAUAUGGAAGUAUUUUUAGAAAUUUUCUCGUAGCCAUAUGGAGGCUCUCUUGAGUUGCUUUCUGACCUCACGGUCAAGACUCUCUUGUCAAAAAUUUUUCUGAUUAAUUUGGAUAGUUUAUUUUCUAKUUGGGGUAGUAUGAAGGUAUUUGCCGUGGGGAAAAAGUUCGGUAAUAGGGCACAGCGGGGACUUGUUURACUUUUGAUAUUAGCGAAGAUAACGAGUAGGAUACACAAUUAUGAGCAGAAGGGAUUCCUUYAAGUCAGCAGAUGCUAGAAUUGUGUUAUUUGGCGAGAGAAAUGUUGGAAAAUCAGCGGUUGCUGUUAGGUUUAUCACUAAGAGGUUCAUUGGUGAAUAUGACUCGUCACAAGAUUUUCACUAUCAAUUUCAAACGAACAUUAAAGAUGAAAAUGUCAAUAUAGAAGUCCUCGACCCAGGACCUAUUCCACGAGGUCAAAACAGAGAUCGCAUCAUAUUAAACCAUACAUUAUGGGGAGAUAGUUUUGUCCUUAUUUACUCCAUUACCGAUAGAAAAAGCUUCAACUCUAUAAUGAACUUCUACCAGUCGUUAUGUAAUGUUAAACCCAAACCAGUGGUGAUAUUGAUGGCCAAUAAAAGUGACUUAGAGCAUAAGAGAAAGGUCCUAAAAUCAGAAGGAACUCAACUCGCUGAACUAAUGAAGUGUCCGCUGUACGAGUGUUCAGCGGCUGAUGGUUUCGAAAGUAUCACCCAGGCCUUCCACGACCUUUAUCAUGAAGUGCUAAAAAAGAAGAAAGAACGAAAAUAUUCACUCUCUCCUCGGCCGCUAAGGAGCGCAAUGGGAAAACUGUUCAGACGAAAUAGCACUAAAGCAAAUCUAUUGUCUCCAGACUCUUUAGUUUAGUAUAGACACAGGAAGCCCACGACAAGUCAGAGAUUGGGUACACGAUACUUCCCCCUUGUCCACGAGUCGAGUUCUUCAAGAGGAACGUUAAUCCUUUGAUAACCCGGACUAGUAUGAAUCAUGUUCUUUUAGGUACAAGACAAUCUACGUCAAUUUUCACCAGACCUUCUCGCCUUUCUCGCCUAGCAUGGACACAGGGAGCCCAUGCCCACUCAUAAAUUGAGAAAUCUUU